UGAAUGAACAAAUUUCGAGUAUGCACAUAUAUUAAACUGCCAGGAGCCAGCCAAGAUGGUCGCUCAGCAGCCUGACACAGACACUUAAUCUCCACUCGAAUGCGACUGCAGUAAGCACUUGAUGCUUAAAUGAAUUAAUAAGCAAACAACAAAAGAAGCACAAAAAUGGAUGCAAAGCUCAACAACGAACACGACGAUUGCAAUUGCCCCCAGGAGCACAUCAGACAUCAACAGCAGCAGCAGCAGGAGCAGCAGCGGAAACAACAGCAACAAGAGCUCCAUCAAAGCUGUCGGAGUUGCCCGCUGCGCAGGACUGAAUAUAUGACAAUGCUGCAUUUAGUUUUCCGGCUGCUGUUGGCUGGCUGCUGCUGCAGCCUGGCGGCGUGCUCCUAUCUGGAGCCGGACGAGCUUAUACACGAGCUGGAUCGUCCGGUGCCGCUGACAUCGGUGCAGGGUGUCCUCAGCAGGCAGGCGAUGCUGCCGUGCGAUAUAACGCCGCUCGAACGGGACGAUGCCGUCUAUAUGGUGCUCUGGUUUCGCGAGGGCGACGGCGAGCCCAUCUACAACUUUGAUGUGCGUGGCCGUCAAUUUGGUCAGGCGCGUCUGUGGUCGUCGCCGCUGGCAUUCGGGACACGCGCCCACUUCAGCAGCACCUCGCAUCCUGCUCAGCUGAAAAUCGACAAUGUACGCAUUGAAGAUGAGGGCGUUUAUCGCUGCCGUGUGGACUUUCGUAACUCGCCCACUCGUAAUCUAAAGAUAAACCUAACUGUUAUUGUGCCACCGGAUAGACCCAUUAUCUACGAGCCCAACCGACAUGACAAGACCAGCAACGUGGAGUCCUUUAACGAGGGCAACGAUAUCGUUCUGGCCUGCGAAGUUACAGGCGGUCGGCCGCGCCCCAACGUUACCUGGUACUUGGAUAACACGGUCAUCGAUGAGUCAUUCGAUCAGCGGCCCGAUGGCAAGACCAUUAACCAUUUAUCCUAUCCCAAUAUUGGAAGACAGCAUCUAAAUUCGCGGCUCGUGUGCGUCGCCAGCAACACGAAUCUGACGCCGCCGAACAACAAGGUCGUCAUACUGGAUAUCAACUUAAAACCUGUUGCCGUGCACAUCCUAACCAAGGAUCGCUUUGUAUCCGCGGAUCGCACCUACGACAUUGAGUGCAAAAGCUCCGGCUCCAAGCCGGCGGCCGUAAUCACCUGGUGGAAAUCCAAUAAGCAGCUGAAGAAACAAACCAAGAACUUUAAUGAGCCAGACAAUCAAUCCCUAAGUAUACUGACGUUCACACCCACCCGGGACGACGAUGGCAAAUAUUUAACAUGUCGGGCAGAAAAUCAAUUCAUCGAAGGCAGCGCCAUCGAGGACAAAUGGCGUCUCAUUGUGCACUAUCCACCCACAACGAUACUGAAGAUGGGCUCCUCGUUGAAUCCGGACGACAUUAAGGAGGGCGACGAUGCCUACUUCGAGUGCAUUGUACAAUCGAAUCCGAAGCCCUACAAGAUGUCCUGGUUUCACAAUGGCAAGGAACUGCAGCACAAUAUCUCUGUGGGCAUCAUUCUGUCGGAUCAAUCGCUCGUCCUGCAAAGUGUCUCGCGCGCCUCGGCCGGCGCCUACACCUGUUUGGCUGUCAACUCGGAGGGCAAAGGCCUCAGUAAUCCGGUCACAUUGCGCAUACGCUACGCACCCAUCUGUGCCAUCGACCACGAGCAGCUGCUGGGCGCCCUCAAACACGAGACAUUGGCACUGAAGUGCGAAGUGGACUCCUCGCCCCCUGCCGACUCCUUCCAGUGGACCUUCAACUCGUCCGGCGAGCAAACAGAGCUGCCCGCCCGCCUCCACACCAGCGAGACGGGCAUGUCACGGCUAAAUUAUACGCCCAGCUCAGAUCUAGACUACGGCACCGUUUCCUGCUGGGCCAAGAACUCAAUUGGCGUACAGAAGAGCCCCUGUGUAUUUCAGAUUGUGGCCGCAGGUCGACCUUUUCCACUGCAGAAUUGCACGGUCAGCAAUCAGUCGGUGGAUUCGCUGCAAGUGGAUUGCAUUGAGGGCUUCGAUGGUGGCUUGCCGCAGAGUUUUAUGCUCGAACUGGUGGAACUGAACUCGCUGCAAUUGGCCAGGAAUAUUACAAUACACCACACACCUGUCACAUUCAUCAUUGAGAACUUGGAUCAGGCCGCCACCUAUCGCAUGAUUAUAUUUGCCGUGAAUGUAAAGGGUCGCUCGGAGCCCACCAUUAUAGACGACAUCAACUUUAAGGGCGUGGCAAAGCUAACGGGCAACUCGACGGGGCUCAGUGUGCCGCUCUCGCCAUUCCUGGCCGGGCUGACGCUCGUGUGCGGCCUGCUGUUCGCCAUAUCCUGCAUCAUAUUGGCCGCCAUAUACAGAAGAUUCUCAAAUCGCCGCAACGAUAAUAAUCUGAAGGCCGUAAAGCACACACAAUUAGCAAUACCGGCUGAUUGCCAGCUGGACCCGUUGCAUCCCGGACCGCACACGAAUGGCCAGGGCCAGUGCCAGGGCCAGGGCCAGGGACAGGGGCAGAGCCAAAGCCAGAGCCAGAGCCAGGGGCAAGGGCAUAUGCAAAACGAGCAGUCCAAUCACCAGGCACACCACAGUCUCCUUCCAAUUAAUUGUGAUAAUCGCAGUGCGGCCGAGCGAGGCGCACUGAGCGAAGUGAAUGUAGACAGUGGCACGAGGACCUCACCAAGCGGGCACGGGCACAGCCUGACCAUGGCCACUGGACGCACUCGAGCCAAUUCACAGCUGCUGGGCGAUCAGGCUGAUAUAGAUGACACCGAUCCCGAUGUUAUACCCAAUCAGUAUGAAAAACGCCCACUGAAGUCACUGGGCGCCUCGCCGGGCUUCGCCAGUCCGGCCACGCGGCUGAUGCCGCGCGACUUCUGCACUGGGCGGGAUGCGGAGCUGCUCAAGGGCAAUGCGGAGAGCGUCGGGGUGAUGGCGGGACUGGGCGGCGCGGACGCCAGCACCAUUGGCCUGCUGAGCAACUCGGGCAACGAGGUCCUCCACUACACGUUCCGGCCAAGUAAACAAAUUGAACUGCACUCUGCCAGACCCAGCAGAGUUCUGCGGGAGUCACAUUUCUGAGAAAUCGUACAAACAUAUACGACUCUAAAUAUACAUAUAUAUAUAUAUCAUGUGUACAAAGUAUGUCCCGAUUUCUGCAAGUCUAUGAAAAGUAUUACCUAUUGAUUUUCGUCUAAUUUUAAUUCGGGUUUAACUCUAGCUAAGUAUGUAUUUACACUAUAUAUAGGCAUAUCUAGUUGUAAGGCUUGUAUAUAUAUACAUCUGAUUUAGUAUCCAAUUUAGUUUUGUGUAAAGAAAGUCUUCAUAGAGCAUGAAAGUUUUCCCGGAAUUUAAUUGUGUAACGCCUGAAUCGCAACGAUAGUGUUGAAUUAUUUGUAAAUAAAUGUAAUUCUAUUAUGAUAUGUUAUAUACGAUGCUGUUGCAUAAAUAGUUUUAUAACAUAUGGAAAGGCUAUCCAAAACUAGACAAAUUAAGCGCAAAGUAUUAAGUGAAUAAGCUACAAAACAGAGAUACUAUACAUAUACAUAUAUAAAUGUAUAUAUAUAUGUAUGUAUAUACAUAUGCUAAAUGUGUCCUCAACUAAAUUUGCAUUGAGUAAUUAAUUAAUUUAUUAAUGAAUUAACAUACACUGACUUCCUAAAUAA